AUGAGCUCCUUCGACCUCCCGGCACCCUCCCCACCUCGCUGCAGCCCCCAGUUCCCCAGCAUCGGCCAGGAGCCCCCCGAGAUGAGCCUUUACUAUGAGAACUUCUUCCAUCCACAGGGCGUGCCCAGCCCUCAGCGGCCCCCCUCCUUCGAGGGGGGCGGCGAGUACGGGGCCACCCCCAACCCCUACCUCUGGCUCAAUGGACCAGCCAUGACUCCACCACCCUACCUGUCGGGCUCCAACACCAGCCCCUUCCUGCCCCAGGCCUACGGUGUGCAGAGGCAGCUGCUGCCAGGCAUGUCUGGGCUGGGGGGCGGCGACCUGGGCUGGCUGCCCAUCCCCUCGCAGGAGGAGCUGAUGAAGCUGGUGCGGCCCCCCUAUUCCUACUCGGCUCUCAUCGCCAUGGCCAUCCACGGGGCGCCCGACAAGCGGCUCACCCUCAGCCAGAUCUACCAGUACGUGGCCGACAACUUCCCCUUCUACAACAAAAGCAAGGCCGGCUGGCAGAACUCCAUCCGCCACAACCUGUCUCUCAACGACUGCUUCAAGAAGGUGCCCCGCGAUGAGGACGACCCGGGCAAAGGGAAUUACUGGACCCUGGAUCCCAAUUGUGAGAAGAUGUUCGAUAACGGAAACUUCCGCAGGAAGAGGAAGAGAAAAUCAGAUGUCUCCUCCAGCACGGGAUCCUUGGCCUCGGAGAAAACAGACAGCAGCCUCCUGGCGGGCAGCCCGAAGACCGCAGAGGCCCAGGACAUCUUGGACAGUGCGUCACCAGGCACCACGAGCUCCCCAGAGAAGCAGUCCUCACCUCCCCCGUCGGGUACCCCAUGCCUCAACAACUUCCUCUCCACCAUGACAGCCUAUGUGAGCGGUUCGAGCCCGGUGAGCCGCCCUGUGGCAACACCAGGACUGAGCCCUGAGCCCGCUGACAAGAUGGGGCAGAACUUGCUGAACUUCAGCUCCUACACUCCACUCACCAACCUCAGCAGCCAUGGGGGCGGGGGCGAAUGGGCCAACCCCAUGCCCACCAACGCUCUCGGCUAUGGAGGCUCUGUCCUCAACCAGUUCAGCCCUCAUUUCUACAACAGCAUCAACACAAACAGUGUCCUCUACCCCAGGGAGGGCACUGAGGUUUAG